AUGCUUUUAGAUUCUGUUCUUCUACUUACUUCUGAUCCUUCUUCCAUAUACUAUAUUCAUCCUUCUGACACAAGUUCUCAACUAGUUUCUGUAAAUUUAAUGGAGAUGUUUAUGAACAAGGUUGUGUUUGUUGAUGGUUCCUUGCCUAAACCUAGUUCUGAUUCUGUUGAGUGCAAACCAUGGGAGAGAUGUAAUGAUUUGAUCAUCUCUUGGCUUUUAUUCAAUUUGGAUACAACCAUUGCCAAGUCUGUCUUAUAUUACAGUACAGCCAGGGAAAUCUGGAAGGACCUAGAGGAUAGGUAUGGGCAAACCUCAGGGCCACAAUUAUAUGCUCUAGAACAUCACUUGUCUGAAAUUACUCAAGGCACACAGAAUAUUGCAGAAUUCUACACUGAUAUCAAGAGAAUUUGGGAUGAGAUCCACUCUGUGUAUCCUCUUCCUUCUUGCACUUGCAAUCAAUGCACUUGCAAUCUUACUCAGAAAAUACACAAGAUGCAACAAGAACAAAGGUUGAUACAAUUUCUCAUGAAGUUGAGUGAUGAUUUUAGUAAUGUCAGGAGCAAUGUGCUAAUGAUGCAACCAUUGCCCUCAGUGAAUCAAGCCUAUAGGCUUCUUGUUCAAGAACAAUAA